CUCUGAUAUUUCCUCCCUCCGCCUCGCUGCAUCCCUCCCAUCACGCUGGGCGUUGCCUGGAUGGUAUAAACUCUCUGAUGAACUUUCAGUCAGUCCCACUGUUCACUGAAGCUCAGCCGACACUUUCUGCCUCUUUGUGACCUGCUCUCAUUCCUGCAGCCAUGACCAAUCUGGAGAAAAGCAUGGAGUCUCUGAUCGUGACGUUCCACCGUUACGCCAAAGACGACGGCGACAAAAAAACCCUGACCAAGAAGGACCUGAAGAAACUUCUGGAGAACGAGCUGCCCAACUUCCUAAAAAGCCAGAACGACCAAAAGGUCGUGGACAACAUCAUGAAAGAUUUGGACAACAACAAAGAUGACAAGUUGGACUUUGAAGAAUUUAUUCCCCUCAUCGCCGGCCUCUCGAUGGCCUGUGAAAAGUGUUACAACCUGAGUCUGAAGAAGGGCAAGAAGUGACGGGCAGAUUCAAAUGGAAAAAUCAUGAUAAUUUACAAAAAAGAUUGAAGACAUCAUGAUGCUGCCACCGCCGUGCUUCACGUCAUGAUGCUGCCACCACUGUGCUUCACGUCAUGAUGAUGCCACCACCGUGUUUUACAUCAUGAUGAUGCCACCACCAUGUUUUACAUCAUGAUGAUGCCACCGCCGUGCUUCACGUCAUGAUGAUGCCGCCACCGUGCUUCACAUCAUGAUGCUGCCGCCACCGUGCUUCACAUCAUGAUGAUGCCACCACCGUGUUUUACAUCAUGAUGAUGCCACCACCAUGUUUUACAUCAUGAUGAUGCCACCGCCGUGCUUCACGUCAUGAUGAUGCCGCCACCGUGCUUCACAUCAUGAUGAUGCCACCGCCGUGCUUCACAUCAUGAUGCUGCCGCCACCGUGCUUCCUGGCGAGGAUGGUGUGUUCGUGAUGAUGUGCUGUAUUUGGUGUCUUCCCUGAUGGGCAAAAAGCUAAAUUUUGGUCUCCUCAGACCAAAGAACUUUCUUUCAGUUGUCAGAGUCUCCACGUCUUCUGGUGAACUCUAGUCCAGAUUUAGUUUGAGCUUUUGUCUUUCUCUUUGUGUCCCAUAAAGCAAUAAAACAGUUAAAGCAG